AUGAGCGACGCACCCCCGACAGAAAGCCCACUAUUAGAAGUCGCCUGCUUCAACGCCGAAUCCGCUUUACUCGCUGCAGCUGCUGGGGCGGACCGCAUCGAAUUAUGCAAAACUUACUCGUUAGGCGGUCUUACUCCAGACCCCUCGACCCUGACGACGUUGAAGUCGCAGCUCCAAAUUCCGGUGUAUGUGAUGAUUCGACCGACUGCCGACACUUUCAGCUAUGAUUCAGCCGACUUUGAGAGAAUGGGACUCGAAAUCGACCGGUUCAAGCAGCUCGGGGCCGAUGGCUUCGUGUUCGGUAUCCUGCGCCCUUCUUCCGAGAGCAGUGAUGACUCGAGCCGGUCGCUCGUCGACGUCACCCGCAAUACGGAGCUGGUUCGACGAGCACAGGGGCGGCCGUGCACCUUUCACCGUGCCUUUGACUUGAUCCCUGAAGCUCAAUGGGACGCCGCUCUCUGUGAUAUCAGAGACUGCGGCUUCUCGAGUAUCCUGACCAAUGGAGGGCCGUCGGGAACAGCGGCCGUGGAAUGUGUCGACAAGCUGGCUACUCUGGUGGAGUGGACGCAGCAGCACGGGGCGGUAGAUGCGAGGCGUAGCCGUGUUCCUGAGAUCAUUGUCGGGGGAGGCGUCCGGUCGUCUAAUGCUGGAUUCCUCUGGGACCGUACUCGGGCUGGGGCCUUUCACUCGGCUGCGUUGUUGGGAGAUGGAGAGAUUGCUUCGGCUGAUGAAGUGCGCAGACUGAGGGCGUCUCUAGAAGUGUGA